CUCACUAAGGUACUGUCGCCGUCGCAUUCACCCGCUGUGCACCUUCCACCUGAAGUAUUCGACUUCAUUUCACUCUUUGGAAUAAACAACGACAAACGCCGACUCGACUCGACUCCAACCAAAUCAACCCCACGUUCAUUCCACGGCCCGCCACCUCCGACGACAAUACCAUUGCAAACCGCAAGCACGAUCUUGACGCGACCAAAACUUCGACCUCUUCGCUCUUCCACCCGCCGGAUCGCAUCACCAUCGUGGCUUCACCGCAACAAACCGAAACCUACCACGAUACACCCUGCGACAGCCAACACCUCGCGACCUCUUUCGAACCACCCAUCCUGAAUACCGAUAUUACCGACAAUGCACCUCUCGUUUGCGCUGCUGUCCGCAGCCAUAAUCUGCGCCAAUGCUCAACCUCACGCGCACGCGCACGGCCAUGCUCACCUCCACAAGCACAAGCGCGAUCCAGUGCCCGACCAGGUCGUCGUCCCAGGCCCAGUCGAGGUCGUCUACGUGCUGAAUGGUAUCGCCAUCUCUGAAGCGGACGUCCAGCAGGGAAUCAAGAAUGGCUCCCUGAUCUUCGCCGACAAUGGUGAACUCGCCGAUGCUCCUCCGAGCUACGUCGUCCCGACUUCCACCCCUGUCGCAGCAAGCUCUGCGCCCCCGACCUCCGUUGCGCCAACCAGCAGCGCGGCGCCGUCUUCGUCUCCUGUCCCAGUCUCAUCUGCGGCUGAAGCCUCAUCGACACCAUCAGAACCAUCACCGCCCACAUACUCUGGCGGUGACGGUGUCGACCGCGACUUUCCCGACGGCGAAUUGGACUGCUCCACUUUCCCGUCUGAUUAUGGCGCCAUCCCUGUUCCAUGGACUGGCCUUAAAGGGUGGACUGGUAUUCAAACCUGCAGUGGAGGCUCCGACUCUGGCGGCUACGAGCACAUUUCGACCAAGACCAGUGGUCAGUCCCCUGAAGAGGGCGACUACUGCUCGUAUGCAUGCCCUGCCGGAUACCAAAAGUCUCAAUGGCCAUCCACCCAGGGCUCCACCGGCCAGUCCAUUGGUGGUAUCAAGUGCUCCGGCGGCAAACUUCACCUCACGAACCCUGGCCUGUCCAAGAGACUUUGCAUCCGCGGUGCCGAAGCCGUCACCAUUCUCGUCCAGAAUAAGCUCUCCAAGAAUGUGGCCGUUUGCCGUACCGAUUACCCAGGAACCGAAAGUGAGACCGUCCCCGUCAAUGUCGAAGCGGGAUCCACCAACAAUCUCACCUGCCCCGAUGCCGACAACUACUACAAAUGGCAGGGUGGCAGCACCUCUGCACAAUACUAUGUGAACCCAGCUGGUGUCGCUGUCGAGGACGCCUGCCAGUGGGGAACCGCAGGAACUCCAACCGGCAACUUCGCUCCCAUGAACAUAGGUGUUGGCUGGAACAACGGCGCAGCAUGGUUAUCAGUGUUCCAGAAUUCGCCGACCACGGACGCAAAGCAAAAGUUCACCGUCGAGAUUGUGGGUGAUGGCGUGAGCGGAACCUGCAAAUAUCAGAACGGCCAGUACUGCGGCGGUGCCAACUACGAUUCAUGUAGUUCAACCACGGGUUGCACAGUGUCACUCAGCUCAGGAACCGCAACGUUCGUGUUCUCCGACUAG